UUUAUUUUGAAACGAAUUAUGACAAAACGGAAGUAUAUGACAUUCAGUGGUACGGGUUGUUUUCACGUGUUGGUGUUGCAGUGAAAUAUGUCGGGCGGCGUUGCAUCUAAAAAGCCGAAAUUGUCUUCUUCCCAGGGCCAGGAGAAAGUAGAUUGGAGGAAAUGGAAAGCGGAACGGAAAGAGAUGAAGAAGAAAAUCAAAGAGUCCAAGCUGAUUCAAAAACUUGACAAGCAAAAGGAAGAGGAGAAAAGGAAAGAGGAGGCUCUGCUACAGAGUCAGAGAGAUAGCGGAAAAGGACGACCAUACACAGUGAGCGUGGCCUUACCGGGUUCGGUCCUGGAUAACGCCCAGUCUGCAGAACUCCGCACAUACCUGGCUGGACAGAUAGCCAGAGCCUGCGUCGUGUUCUGUGUGGAUGAGAUCAUCGUAUUUGAUGAGCAAGACGAGGAUGUCAAGACUGUUGAGGGAGAAUUCAACGGCAUUGGCAAGAAGGGUCAAGCCUGCGUUCAGCUGGCCAGAAUCCUCCAGUUCCUGGAAUGCCCACAGUAUCUGCGCAAAUCGUUCUUCCCAAUGCAUAAAGACUUACAGUAUGCUGGCUUGCUGAAUCCCCUUGAUAGCCCUCACCACAUGAGGAAGGAUGAUGAGUGUGACUACAGGGAGGGAGUGGUCCUUGAUCGGCCCAACAAGCCAGGAAAAGGCUCCUUAGUCAACUGUGGAAUGUGGAAGGAGGUCCGGAUAGAUAAGCAGCUACAGUCUGGUCUCCGAGUCACUGUGCACAUGAACAAGACACAAAAUAAAGACAGUAAAGUACACAAAGGGGUGGUGGUGGCGCCUCACAAGCCACGGACAGAGGGAGGUCUGUAUUGGGGCUAUAGUGUUCGUCUGGCCUCCAGUCUAAGUAAAGUGUUCACUGAGUGUCCGCAUAAAGGAGGUUACGAUCUGACCAUAGGAACCUCAGAGAGAGGCAAAGACGUUGAUAAAGUUGCUGUUUCUCCCUUCAAGCAUAUGUUGGUUGUGUUUGGUGGACUGCAGGGCUUGGAAGCCAGUGUGGACGCUGAUUCAAACCUGGAGGUGACUGACCCCAGUGUUCUGUUUGACCUGUACCUGAACACCUGCCCAAACCAGGGCAGUCGGACCAUCCGCACGGAGGAGGCCAUCUUGAUCACCAUGUCCAACCUGAGGCACAAAAUCACUGCGGCGUUUGUGGAUGUGUCCAGCGGUUCGUGACAAGAAGGUGUCCCUCACAAAUCAUCGCUCAAAGGAAAUCAAAAGGACUAAUAAUAUUCACCUUUGAGUUGCUUAUUUCCCAGGGGUCUUAUUUUAAUUCUGGGAUUGAGUAAUUGGACUUUGCUAGGAGAACUCUGUCAGCAUUUCUUUUAUUCAAGGAUAGAAGAUCACAGCAGGUGAAGAACCAAGUAUGUGUUGGACAUGAACAGUACCGUUGUUGGGGCUCCUUGUCUUUUGUCUGUCCUUUCUCCCAAUCAUACAUACACUGUUGCACUCUUUGUUAGAAUUUUGCUAGUAAAAGUGAAUGUUACCUUUGCCUUAAUGUUUCCACUGUGUGAUUCUGUGUGAAUUAAAAGUCAUGAAAAUCAAAU